AUGGGAAUUUUCCUGGGACUUGUAGACAGUUCAAGUCCAAAAUCAAGCACUUCUUGCUCUCUGAUGACUAGUUGUGCCGUUGAAAAGUGUUUGAAUAAAGAUAUGGUACGAAAGAUUGUGAUAGAAUCUUCGAGAGAGGAAGUGUUUGGAAAUCUAGUCGAGAAAUUUGAUAUGGUUUGCAUUGCUGCCAAAUGUGGAAAUGAGUGUUCUCAAUGCAAGCAUUGUCAUUACGCUUUGGAGCAAAUGAGUGCUUUGGCUCAGGGAGAAAAGACUUCUGGACUGUGCCCAAAACUCGAAACCUGUGUAUUCAACUGCCUCACUGAAGACGUCUCAAAAGUUCUUUCUUGCGUUGCCACUAGAUGCAAUGUUCACUGUUACGAUGGAGACUGCCCAUCGUGUAAAAUGAUCUCCAGACGCAUUUUUUCCACAAUUUGCAAGCAACAUUCAAUGACAUCUCAACCACAAAUCAAAUACGAAGGAACUUGUCCAAAUCUCUUCAUGGAACUCGCUGAUCAUUAUGUGGCCAAAAAGAAGUUGUAA